AUGAGCCAUAGACGGGAUUCCGCCUGGGCCGCGGCCGUCCAGGUCGCCUCCAACGUCGUCGGAAACGUCGUCAAGAAAGCAGCCAAGGACGGCAUGGCCAUCGACCCAUUGCGAACCGUCGCAAAGGAGAUGCGGUUUCUCACCGGAAACAUUCGUGGACUACUUGGCUCGGGGCACCCUUCCCUCGACCGGGUGGCCAAAUACUAUACGCAGGCAGAGGGCAAGCAUGUGCGCCCGCUCAUUGUUCUGCUCAUGAGCCGCGCGACGCAUCUUUGCCCCAAGAACCCGCAGCCUGAAACGGUGCACAGCGCGAGAGCCAUCGACUCGUCAAUAUCUCCCGUCACGAUCCUGGCCGACGUCAAUCCAUCAGCCAUGCCGCUGACCUCGAGCGAACCGGAAAUGCAGGAUGGAGCCCUAGACAUUCUCCCUAGCCAAAGACGUCUGGCCGAAAUCACCGAACUCAUCCACACCGCAUCUCUCCUCCACGACGACGUCAUUGACCACUCAGUGUCAAGGCGUGGAUCCCCGUCAGCCAACUUGGAGUUUGGCAACAAGAUGGCCGUGCUGGCUGGCGACUUUCUUCUCGGACGCGCCUCAGUCGCCCUCGCCAGAUUAAGACACGUCGAAGUUGUGGAGCUGCUGGCUACCGUCAUUGCCAACCUCGUCGAGGGAGAGUUCAUGCAAUUGAAGAACACUGCACGAGAUGAGCGAAGCCCCAAGUACUCGGACGAGACCUUGGGCUAUUAUCUGCAAAAGACGUACCUCAAGACGGCUAGCUUGAUUUCCAAGUCGUGCCGUGCGGCUGCCUUGCUGGGUAAUGCUGACGCUACGACCGUCGACGCUGCCUACUCAUACGGCCGGAACUUGGGCCUCGCAUUUCAGCUCGUCGACGACAUGCUCGACUACACGCAAAGUGGCAAGGAUCUGGGCAAGCCUGCGGGCGCAGAUCUCGAACUGGGCUUGGCCACGGCGCCGCUGCUCUUCGCAUGGAAGCAGAACCCAGAACUGGGCGCUUUGGUUGGUCGCAAGUUCGGGCGGGACGGUGACGUGGAGAAGGUUCUGUUUCAGGCCCGCGACCUAGUGUUGAAGAGCAACGGUAUAGAGCAGACCCGAGCGCUGGCGCAGGACUACUCGGAGAAGGCCAUGGCAGCAAUUGCCGACUUUCCCGAGAGCGAAGCCAAGGAUGGCCUUGUUGAGAUGGUCCAGAGGACGAUCAAGCGACAGAGGUAA